UUGUAAAUAAUAGUUAAUUCUGAACAAAUAAACCAGUAGACAGCGAGAUAAUGAAAUAAUAAAAAAUAUUUAUUAUGUUUAUGUUAUUGAUACACUUUUCCUAGCAGUAAAUUUUUUUAAACAAUAUUUUUAUGUGAAAUUAAAACAAUGUUUAUUGUCACGAAACAAAUAGACAGUGAGAAUAUUAGUAAACUAUGUCGAACUUGUUUAAGAGAAGAUGGAAAAAAAAUGAUUUGUCUUUUUGUUGGUCCUGCUGAGACUUCACUUGCUGCUAAAUUACGUUCUUUAUCCUGUUUAGAGGUAUGGCAAGGGGAUGGAUUACCAGAAAAGUUAUGCGAUCGCUGUGUAACAAGAGCUGAAUCAGCCCUUUUAUUUCGAGAGCAAUGUCGAGCAGCUGAUAGAGCCUUAAGACAAGCAGCAGCUCGAGUCUCAGGACUGACAAAUUACACAACAGUAUCAGGUUGCAAAUUAUACCAACAAAAUCAAGGAUUAACACCAAUAGAGAGCUCGCAAAAGACACUAAAAUGUAGUGACUGCGGUGCCGUAUUCAUAAAUUAUCAAGAGUUACAAAUCCACAGUCGCAUCCAUACUCCUUUUAUUCAAGAAUCAACUUCUUUGUCUCAUAUGCACAUUGUGGAAUCACAAAACCCAUAUUACAAUCCAGAUACUUCAAUCUCUCCAUCAAUAAUCGCUAACAAUCAUCAUGAAUCGAUCGUUAAUUUAAGUAGGCCCAGUUCACUGUCAACUGAACUAUCACAAAAAAAUGAGAGACCAGCAUGUGCUCUCCACUGCUCUCUAUGCAAUCAUACAUUCCCCAAUAGAAAUCAACUGAUAAAUCAUAACUUAUCACACUGUCCCAACAAUGAAGACACAUCAUGCGAUGAUAGCAUAGAAAUCGGUGAUGAUUCAAAUCCAAUAGCAGAAAAUCUCAGUUUUCAGGCAAUCGAUCUCGCAUAUCCACGACACAAUCCUUCAAUUGACUUCAAUUAUCCUGAAAAUUUGAAUAUUUCAUCAGCUGAUCCAACGGCAAAUGAUUUAGUAAGAGGAGGAUUAGAAAUCCAAAAUUCUUCGUCUAAUUUAUCAGACCAGAUAAUUCCAUUUCCAAGAUUUUCCGAUGAUCUGAACGAUGAGACUUUGAGUAAUGAGAAAAAUUUAUCUAGCAAUGGGAGUUUGCAAGUACAAAAUAAUUCAAAUCACAAUGAAUUAGUGAAUUUAUCGCAGAAAAAACAUAAAUGCCUGACGUGUAAUAAAUUAUUUUCACAAAAAUCGAAGUUGAAAACUCAUGAGUUUUCUCAUACCGGCGAGAAACCAUUCAAGUGCAUCAAUUGUGAUAAAGCCUACACUUCAAAGAGUAAACUAAAUGCUCACAUAAGAUUACAUACUGGAUCUAAUAUUCAUCAGUGCGACGUCUGUCAAAAAACUUUCGCUUAUCCCUCCUAUUUGAUAGAGCAUUUGAAAAUUCAUAAUGUCAAUUCAAGUUCGCGGGUCAACAUUUCAAAUGAGACAGCAACAAACAACAGCAAAAUUAAAUUAAAUUCUGAAAAAUUUGAAUGCUCGAUUUGUGGAAAAAAAUUCAGUAUGAAAAAAAAUUUGCGGUUACAUUUAAAAUUACACAGCGGUAAUGGUUUAUUUAAUUGCGAAAUUUGUGAUAAAUUAUUUAGCCAAAAGUACAAUCUUAAAGUUCACAUGAGAGUUCAUAAGAGAAUAAAAGUCCAUAAAUGUGAAUAUUGUGAUAAAUCUUUCAGUGAGAAAGGUAACUAUAAAGAACACUUGAGAAUACAUACGAAAGUUAAACCGUUCGUAUGUAAAUUAUGCAAUAAAGCCUUCUCACAAUCUAGUCAUUUAAAAAAUCACGAAGCCUCUCAUGAUAAUCAACGGCCUUAUCAGUGCCGACUGUGCGGCAAACGAUUUAAACUUUCGUCGCAUUUAAAGAGACAUGUUAGUUUACAUUCGUCAGUUAAAACUUUUAAAUGUUUACAGUGUGAUCAGAUGUUCACUCAGGCGUUUAGUCUUAAAAGACAUUUAAAAAAACAUAAUGAAGCUAUUUAAUGAUUUUUGUAAUAUAGUUUUUAUCAACGUUAAUAUAUUAUUCGAGUUUUUUUAUAGAUGUGUUUAUUUACUUUAAAAAUAAAACAUUAGAGAAAGUAGGAAUGUUCUGUUUGGCCAACAAAUUAGGAUCAAAUUAAUCGGAUUUUUAUUAUCAUUGUGUAGAUGUUGGAUAGGAGCCUAGUUAUUGAGAAACAUUUCAUGACAAUAUUUUAUUUACUGUUUAAACAAUCCAAUAAGUUCUAGUUCAUACUUAUGAAAUCCAAUAAAAUUUUUAUGAGGAUAAAUAAUUAGAUAUUUUCUUUUUCAUUUUUAAAAGCUCGUAUAAAACUCAACUAUGGUAAGAAACCUAGUACCCGAUCAGGGAACUAGAAUAUGAUCUAGGAACUAGUACCCGAUCGGGGAACUAGAAUCCGAUCUAGGAACUAGUACCCGAUCAGGGAACUAGUACGUGAUCACGCAUAUAUUUGUAUAUCUAUAUUUACUAAAUAUAUCUAUGCAAAUACAUUCCGGUUCAAUUUUUUAAUUGAUUCCACUAAUAAAUGUGUAAAGUAAAUGACAUUUUUACAUAAAAAAAAAUAUCGAAUUAUAUGGAAAACUGAAAAAAAAAUAUUUUAAUAAUUUGUAAUAAUAAAACUCAUGUGAUACUUUAGUUUAUAGACAUCAUAGAAAUAUUUCCAGUAUUAAAAGAGUUUAUAAAUGCAUAAAUAUUCCACCGUAAUACAGAAAUGUAUUAAAAGAAAUGAAGUGAAACAAUCCAACAAAGAAAAUUAUUCUUUAAUAAUUGAGUAAAGUUGUUUUAAUAAUUUCGAGUCCUUCUCUCAGCUGAUCUUCUUUGAUAACAAGCGGUGGAGAAAUUCUUAGUAAUUGUCCGUGAGCAGGUCUUGUUAACAAACCAUUAUCUCUCAGUCUUAAACAUACGUCCCAUCCACUAGCGAAAUCUUUAUUAAUAUGAAGAC